CUCGCUCGGCGGAAGACAGCGCAGCUGCGGGUUCGCGCGGACUCUUUGUCCACGGUUUGCUCGUGAAUCGUGCACGCUGCCCGAGGGACUCGAGAGUGGCCGGACUGUGGCCGGAGCGUGCUCGUACGGUUCUGUGAAACAAAGUCCCCGAGGCCAGCCGAGGAUCUGAGAGGACUCGUUCCGGGCCUCGGUGUGUUUGCCUUUGUCACGCGGUCUGGAUUCGAAGCCUGCCGUUCCAGCACGCCUUGCGACGGUCGCUGCCCGUUUUUAGGAGGUUUUCAGAAACUUCUCGCAGCUCCGGACUCGUCUGAUCGAUAGGGCUCUCGCGAUCUCAGCAUCGCGGGCUCACCUGAUCGAAGCGGACAGAUCCACCUGUGGAGUAGUGGCUCGAGACGGAAACGGACGAGUGGUUCGCGCGAACAAGCCUCCAGCAAGAAAAAAAGAUAAAGAGAGAGAGAGAGAGGACAGAACGAGCACGUUUGUGAAUUAUCAUAUCGAGCGGCCAGAUGGAAAACAGCGAUGGCAAUUCAUCCGUGUGGAAACGGAAGCUAGCGCGAGCCGUUAAUUAGAGUCCAGUGGCGUGGUAACGUCUGUGUCACGGUUCGCAGCGAAGACCGUGGGCCGCAAGGUCGUGAUUACUCAUCAAAAUAUUUUGACCCGCUCCAUUGAUCGAGGAUCGCGACUCGAUAUCGGCAGCUCCUCGAAGGUCGCGAGCCAAAGUCGCGUUCGUCUCAGUCGUCGCAGGAUCGAGGCGGCGAACGGUUCGUUGCGCAAUCAUCGGUCCGCGUGCAAAGAACUUGUGCCUCGAGGAUGACCUUGGCGCUGUUGGCCUCGUUGCUGCUGCCUGUGCGUGUCUCGUCCAGAGAGAAGUGCUCGCUGAUAAGGCCGAGCUUGGAUUAAUUAGUGUCUGGCCGCGAUCGCGCGCUCCGGAGCCGAGAUCGGUGCUCGGAGUCGAGUGGAACGCCGAGUCCUGGAGCCGAGCAGCCGUCGAAGGGGAUGCGGCAGACGACCGGGAACAGAUGACUCCUGCGAGGAGCGUUGCUGACGGGAUCUGAGGCCGACCAGCCAGAGCAGACAGCCGAGCCAGAUUUCGUCGUUCCACGAGCGGUUACUCGUCCCAGCAACGAGAGAUGACGGUCACUUACACCGCCGAAGUCGCUACCUGCAAAGGUCUCGGUUGCUUUCUAAAAUUACUCCUAAGAUGGCGCGCGAGCAUAUACAAGCUCGUCUGGCUAGACCUGGCCCUGUUCCUCUUUAUCUACUACUCGCUGUCGACCAUCUAUCGGUUGUUGCUCGACGACGGCCAGAAGAAGAUCUUCGAGGCGGUGGUGGCCUACUGCAACGAGUACAGCGACCUGAUACCGCUGUCGUUCGUCCUUGGCUUCUACGUUAGCAUCGUCAUGACUAGAUGGUGGAAUCAAUACAUGGUGAUACCGUGGCCAGAUUCGAUCGCGGUCUUCGUGUCGGCGACUAUUCACGGGAACGACGAGAGAGGUCGAUUGAUGCGGCGAACUAUCGUCAGAUACGUGUGCGUGUGUUUGACACUGGUGCUGGCGAUGGUCUCGCCGCGCGUGAAAAAGCGAUUCCCGACGCUGGAGCACUUCGUGGACACGGGUCUGUUGCUGGAGAACGAGCUGGUGAUCUUCCAGAGCCUGAACGAUAAAUUCCCGAAGCCGAGCAAGCACUGGCUGCCGAUCGUAUGGGCGUCGAGCAUCGUGACUCGCGCGAGGAAAGAGGGCCGGAUCCGCGACGAUUUCGCCGUCAAGACGCUGAUAGACGAGCUGAACAAGUUUCGCGGUCUCUGCGGCAGCCUGAUGCACUACGACACCAUCAGCGUACCGUUGGUUUACACGCAGGUGGUGACCUUGGCGGUGUACACGUACUUUCUCACGAGCGUGAUGGGCCGGCAAUGGGUGCAGAACUCUAAAACUUCGACCAUCGAUCUCUAUUUCCCGGUGUUCACCACUCUGCAGUUCUUUUUCUACAUGGGCUGGCUCAAGGUCGCCGAGACCCUGAUCAACCCGUUCGGCGAGGACGACGACGACUUCGAAGUCAACUGGAUCAUCGACAGGAAUCUGCAAGUGAGCUACCUGAUCGUCGACGAGAUGCACCACGAUCAUCCAGAGCUGAUCCGCGAUCAGUAUUGGGACGAUAUCUUCCCAACCGAGCUUCCGUACACGGCCGCGGCCCAGGCAUUCCGCGAGGAGCAUCCGCAGCCUUCGACGGCCGGGAUCCAGUUAUCAGCGGCGCAACAAGAACUCCAACCGUCUUCUGUCAGGAUCGACGAAAUGGCAGCGGACUAUCAGCAAAAGUUUCGGCCGGAAAUGAGCGACGACGCCGCGUCCGGCAUACACUUCACGGCGAAGGGAAAAAUGUCAAGGAGCUGUACCGAGAGCGGCAAGAUAGCGAGGAGCGCGAGUCGUGUGAGCAACCGAGACCGCACCUUGAGCGGCGGUUCGACGCCUAGCAACCUGGGUGGCUCUCUCACGAGGGUGAACAGCGUGACCAGCGUGCUGAAGAGGCUCUUCAGCAAGGAGGACAGACCCGAUGGUGGGAUGACCAGUGGCACCAAAACUCCGGGAAGAAUGGCUGCGUCCAGUUCCGCCGCCUCUUUGCAGAACCGUGCAAUCGUUGGAGGUGGCUCGAUGAGGAUAGGCGUGAUCAAGGAGGAGGCGGACGAGCAGAUGACCUUGACUUCGAUGAAGUCGGACAAGAGGCCCCACGUGCAGAGUAUAUUCGCAGCUGGACCACCGCCACCCAGUGCUCCGAUGUCCGUGCCCGGUUCCGAGCACUCCAGAAACGGGGAGAUAUUCUCUUGCAGUGCUCCUGUGACCGGCUUAGCAGGAAGUAACGGGGAUGGGAAUGGUGGCGUCAUUGAUGGGAGGUACGCGGCAAGAUCAAGGGCAGAGCGGACGUCGCAGUCGGCGCGAUCCAGCGUGGCCUUCGACACAGGAGUGAGCUUCGCUGGCAGCGGGGUCGCGGACGAUAUGAUCAGCACCCGAAGUUCUUCUUGCACCAGCGUCAACUCGGACGACGAGUUCACGAAGCUGAAGACGGAAAGAAAGAAGCAGAGGCGGGACAGGGUGGUCCGGAGGCUGGCCAGGAGCACCAGCGGCCAUACUAAUCUGCUCGGGGACCAAUCUCGAAGCGUGUUGGACACGGAGCAGCUGUUGCUGUCGGAAUUGGUGAACACUUCGCGAUUGUCGAUGUCGGCGAGCGACAGAGACGAGAAGGUCGACACCGACCGGCUUUAACAGUCCUACCGGUGGCUCUUCUUCGAGGUUUGACUCUCGCCCGGAACACAGCUGCGGGGCCUGAAACGGUGAUAUUUAUUUAGCAGACUAUCGACCGGUCGCACGGUCGAGCGAAAGUAAAACAGAACCUUGACGUCGGAACAAACGAUUGUUAGUGUACAUACGAACUUUUUACUAGAAUGCUCGGCGAACACACGAACCAGAGAUAAAUCGACGACGGUCGACAAUGGUCGAAGCUUCGCCGAAGAAGCUUCGACGCGUUUCGUCGACCGAAAAAUGACGCUGCAUUCGUCGGUGGGAAUUGUGGAUCAAGAAACGGGGCGAUGCGAAUCGCGCGAGCCCGCCCUUGGUAUCAGAUUUUUACACGCAUAGACAGUCUUUUUUACACUUUGGUAAAGUCGGGGAUCGUUGUUCCCCGUGCAACGGUUUCCCGAGUAAGUGUUCCGGAAAUUAUUGCACGCGCUGUUCGAAGACCGCGCUCGCGUAUCGCGCGGCGAUCGUCGUCGCAGCGGCAUACUCUUGUAAAUAUGUACCGGUAUACCUAUCACACGAAACUCUACGUAUCUCUAGAAUGACAAUAAUUGCGCGAACAUUGUCACCGAACGUCGACCUGCGUGAAUCCAGUUUUAUACAUCGACGCGUACGAUCGGCAAGCGUAGCUAUUUCCGGGCUGCGGAUUUCCUGUAUCCAUCGCGACGACGGAUAGUCGAGGCUUUUGAAAAUAAAGGGAUUGCCAAGAUUUAAGAACUUCGACGUAUUAUUAUCAAAAAUGUUCUAUUCUACUCUGGUUUCCUGCGACGGGGAUCCGCAGUUCGUUAGAAUCGAAAUUCGGGAGCCGCCUUCCCGAUUAGAGGCCUACGUUCCUCGUCGUUCGCAUUCGAUCGGUGCAGAGAAUGCGAAUGACGUAGCUGUAGGGAGUAGCGUAAUUUCUUCGUAAUAGCAGUAGACUUUUUCCUCACUCGCCCCCGUCGUCCCCGUCCCCGAGAUAUCUCGUGCGAGCGAGAACCGCGCGAAGCUUACAUCGAAUUUGCAACCGCUGAAAAGUAUAUGAACAGUGCCUGCCUCGUGCCUAUCUGUUGUCCAGCUGAGAAAUCGGCAUUUCGAUGUUACUUUGAUCGUGGGACAGCCUCGCUUAACGGUAUAAUUGCGCUCUCCAUUCGUUCUACAGCAACGCGUUUCCGUGCACGCACAUUCCAAGAAUCGUGAAAUGAUUUAUGGUCGGUGACGAAAUCGAGAAAACGAUCGCAUCCGUUGCGAGAGUCCAAGGAACGUGUCUCGCGACGCUCGGUAUCGGGAUCGAUCGACGAAGGUCGCGAGGAUUCCGAAACGAUCGGCAGACCGUCCCGAGCACUGUGCCACCUAACAUAAUCGACACUCGUUACCUUUGUGCGAGGACGGUUCGCCAUUCGUUUCGGGAUUACAUUCCAGCGAGAGCGAAUGGAUCCUACGUUGCUCAUGGUUCAGCGAUUCGUUCAACAGUAUUAUAGUAGCGAAACGCUUGUUCGGAAUGUCGCAGAAAAAUGUUGAUUUCGUCUAAAUAAAGGAGAGUGUCAGUUACAGAAAUUCUGGUGCAGUUGAAGAUGUUCAGUGUCGCGCACGAAAGCGUCUGCAAAAGCCGUGAAAGUGGUUUUUUAAAAGACAAAUUAUCGUUUGUUUUUGCUGUCAGGUUAACCUAUUUAUCUUUAUUUUAUUUUAUAUCGUUACCUUUUUAGCUUCGCGGCUUUUCUAGUACUUUCUUGAGCAUUGUUUAUUACACCCUACAUUCUUGUCCUAUAAUAAUAAUAAUAAUAAUAAUAAUAAUAAUAAUAAUAAUAAUAACAAUAAUAAUAACAAGUAGAGAAGGAUAUUGUCUUUACUGAAUAUAACAAGAUAAUGGAAAUAUGAAAAUAAAGCUGAACGAUGUUAUAUA